AUUUAAUUACCUACAACAUAUUGUAUUGAGCUGUGCGACUGAGUGCGUGUUUUGUGACAGUAAAAAUAAUUAUAAAUAAAAAUGGUUGAAAAAAGAAUUUUGGUUAUAUACACUGGUGGUACCUUUGGAAUGUUGAAAAAUGAGAAAGGAGUGUUGGUACCACAAAAGAAUAUUGAGCACCGAGUCAUCAGAAAACUGUCACAACUACAUGACAAUGAAUAUUGGGAAAAGCGUCUGGCUAAGACAGACAGACAGGAAUACCUUGUUCUACCAGAUGGCAAAGACACAGACAUAAAAGUGCUUUACAAGAUCCUAGAAUAUGAUGAACUGAAAGAUUCGUCAGAUUUUAUGACAGACGAUUGGCUCAAAAUAGCGAGGGAUAUUAAGAAAUAUUACCACGACUAUGAUGGCUUCGUGGUACUUCAUGGCACGGACACGAUGGCGUAUGGAGCGUCCAUAUUGUCCUUUAUGCUGGAAACAGUCGGCAAGACUGUAGUCCUUACUGGAGCUCAGGUUCCAAUUUUCCAACCCCGUAGUGACGGUAACAACAACAUCUUAUGCGCACUCCUGAUCGCAGCCACACAGUAUAUACCAGAAAUAACUGUAUUCUUUGGUUGUAAGCUCUUCAGAGGAACGAGAGUAAAAAAGGUAUCAAACACACGGAUCUACGCUUUCGACUCUCCCAAUUUCCCGCCAUUACUAGAAGCUAAAACAACAAUAGAUAUCGAUCCUAAGAUGCUGAUACACCAAUCUGUGCCAAAUGAAUGUAUACUGCAUGACAAGUUGUGCACUAAGAUUUAUUUGUUGAAAGUCACACCUACUAUAACACCGGCUAUUAUAAGAGCUGUUUUUGAAGGCAUGGAAGGUAUUGUUCUGGAAACAUACGGUAAUGGAAACAUUCCGAUAAAACGCAAAGAGAUCUAUGCAGAAAUAGAGAGAGCGGUGAAGAACAACGUCCUCGUAGUAAAUGUGACGCAGUGUGUUAAUGGUAUGGUGCAUGGAAAACCGCUGUAUGAAACUGGUCUGUUACUAAUUGAGUGCGGCGUAGUACCCGCCUAUGACAUGACGUCAGAGGCAGCGCAAGCUAAACUUUCUUAUGUUCUUAGUAAGACAGAACUUUCUUAUGCAGAAAAAAUCGAGCUUAUGAAGACGAACAUACGAGGCGAGUUACACAAUCCUCAUUUGGGACUUAAAUAAAAUGUAUUUAUUAAUAAUAUAAAUUAAUAUUGAUAUUGUAAAUUUAAUAAAAGAUUUUAUAAUAAUAAAAUAUUUAGAAUUAA